AAAAAAGAAAUAGGUUCACAUAAAUUGAAACGGAUGGAGUAUAUUAUAACAAUGUUGUUAUAUGUAAUUGUUUCAGGAACUUGCAUCAUUUCUUCAUUGUCAUUUAAAUUUUAUUAGAUGGUGUCACAAAAGUCAAAAAUUACAAAAGUUUAAAGUUAAAAAAUAAGAAAGGAAAACAGUGAGACUUAUUAAUUAUGAAAGAAGUUUGGCCAGAUUCCCACUCAUAUCUAUAAUGGAAAUCCAUAAAAUUGUCACUCUCCACAACUGUCAAUAUAGAGCCACAUGUAUGGCCAUUGUUUGUUCAAAUUGUAGAACGUAAACAAAGUGGACCUGUUAUGGGAUUUCGUUUUAAGUCUUAUCAUGGUGCCCACUUUGUCUGUACAAUACUUUGAUAGAGGUUGAGUGGGAUAUAUAGCACUCAGUGAAGCAAAACCCAAGGCAAUUAAUAUUCUCAUAAAAAAGAAAACUAUAAUUCAACAAUAAAAAGGAAUCACGUAUCAAAAUGCUUAAUAUCAUGGACUGACAAAUACACCCUAAACCUUAGCAAUUUAUAAAUUCUUUGGAAAACCUAUUUGCAUUUUAGGUCCCAUAAUGGUUACGAAAUUGUGACGAAGUAACUUAUCUGCAACAUUUGUUCCUCUCUUAAAUCUUGACAAAGAGCAAUACCAACUCCAUAAUACACCACAUUUCACUUGCUUUUACUUAAAAUACUCGUCCCAUGCCCUUAGUGUCACCCCAUCCUUUGCUUAUAUAACUUCGAAUAUUAAUAGCACCUAUAGCACCUCUGUGUAUGCAUGCUCGUCUUCAGUUUUCGUAUCAAUCUAGUUUGAUGUACAGUUGAAAUGCACCAUUGUUAUUGUAAACUAUAUCCUUAGAAUUAAGAACGAAAAUCAAAAGAUAAAUUAGAAUAAUAAUCCAGGAGAAACAAAGUGUGCUUAAGAAGCAGAGAUUACUUUGAAUCUAGACUGGAAAAAAAAGGAAGAAUAAAAAGGGUAUUUUGCUAUUACAAGUUAAUGUGAGUAGUAAAGCGGUAAGCAAGAGGGGUUGCUAUGAUGGUAAACAACCUCCACUUCCAACCAAGAGGUUGUGAGUUCGAGUCUCCCCAAGAGCAAGGUGGGAAAUUCUUGGAGGGAAGCAUGCAACCUCGUUGUUGUUAUUUAAUCUGAAGAUAUUGAAGCUGGCACAAGAAAGAUGAAGAUUCAAGCAGAACCUACCUUGCCGAUAUACCUCAAGUUUACUGAGGUAUGCUACAAGGUGGUUAUUAAAGGAGUAACAUCAACAAGAGAGAAGGAAAUUUUGACCGGAAUCAGUGGUUCUGUUGAUCCAGGAGAAGUUUUGGCCAUGAUGGGGCCGUCUGGAAGUGGAAAGACUACACUCCUCAGCCUGCUUGGAGGAAGAAUAAAAGAGCCAACAGGAGGCUCAAUCACCUACAAUGAACAACCAUACUCAAAGCUUCUAAAGAGCAGGAUAGGAUUCGUGACUCAAGAUGACAUACUAUUUCCUCACUUGACAGUGAGAGAAACACUAACAUAUGCAGCUCGCCUACGACUGCCAAAGACUUUGACAAAGGAGGAGAAAGAAAAAAGAGCCAUAGAUGUGAUAUACGAGUUGGGACUAGAGAGAUGCCAAGAUACCAUGAUUGGUGGCUCCUUUGUUCGUGGAGUUUCAGGGGGAGAAAGAAAGCGUGUUUGUAUCGGAAAUGAGAUCAUAAUUAAUCCAUCCCUACUAUUCCUUGAUGAACCCACAUCGGGUUUGGACUCUACAACAGCAUUAAGGAUGGUUGAGAUAUUACACGAUAUAGCUGAGACUGGAAAGACAGUGAUCACAACAAUCCAUCAACCAUCCAGCAGACUUUUCCACAAGUUUGAUAAGUUGAUUCUUCUUGGCAAAGGGAGCUUACUUUAUUUUGGGAAGGCAUCUGAAGCAAUGGUCUAUUUUUCAGCUAUAGGCUGUUCGCCUCUGAUUUCAAUGAAUCCAGCAGAGUUCCUGUUAGACCUUGCAAAUGGAAACCUUAAUGACGUUUCUGUUCCAUCAGAGUUGGAGGACAGAGUGCAGAUCGGGAAUUCAGAUAGAGAAACAGGAAACGGAAAGCCAACACCAAUAGUUGUGCAUGAGUAUCUUGUGGAAGCCUACGAAACACAAGUGGCUGAGAGUGAAAAAAAGAAACUUAUGGCCCCCAUGAUGAUAGAUGAAGAGUUGAAGUCUAAAGUCUUUUCUAUAAAUAGAGAGUGGGGAGCAAGCUGGUGUGAACAAUACUCCAUAUUAUUUUGGAGAGGACUUAAAGAACGGCGGUAUGAUUAUUUUAGCUGGUUGAGAAUCACUCAAGUAAUUGCAACUGCACUUAUCUUGGGUAUGCUCUGGUGGCAGUCUGGUGGUGAUAGUCCUAAACAAAUGCGAGAACAGUCGGGGUUGCUGUUCUUCAUUGCUGUGUUCUGGGGGUUUUUUCCAGUUUUCACAGCAAUCUUCACAUUUCCACAAGAAAGGGCAAUGCUGAACAAGGAACGAUCUGCUGACAUGUACAGAUUAAGCGCAUAUUUUUUGGCUAGAACCACCAGUGAUAUUCCACUGGAUCUUAUACUGCCAGUGCUCUUCCUUUUAGUGGUAUAUUUCAUGGCAGGAUUGAAACAUGAAGCUGAUGCCUUCUUCCUAACUGUGCUUACAACUUUCCUCUGCAUUGUAGCAGCUCAGGGAUUAGGACUAGCAAUAGGGGCUACACUAAUGGAUUUAAAGAAGGCAACCACUUUGGCCUCUGUUACUGUAAUGACCUUUAUGUUAGCUGGUGGAUAUUUUGUAAAGAAAGUACCAGUAUUUAUAUCAUGGUUGCGGUACCUAUCCUAUAACUAUCAGACGUACAAACUCCUUCUAAAGGUUCAAUAUAAGGAGAAAAAUGACUGGGUGGACGGAAUUAAAGUAGGAAGCGGUGUAAAGGAAGUAUGUAUACUACUAGCUAUGGUUUUUGGCUACCGGCUCCUAGCAUACAUCUCUUUGCGGAGAAUGAAGCUUCACUCAGGUGCUUAGAUGAUGCAAAUGAUGGUUCAUUUCAAACUAAAGAACUAGUCUAUGCAGCUUCCACUGAUUAUAGAGGUACCUGAUUCUGAUAUAAGUUGCAGCACAAGGAAAGAAGAUUUGGCUGCAGUGCCUGAUUAAGUUUUAAUUUUUCGUUUUUCUGUUUACCUCUACGCAUAGUUGUAAAUUUUUAAAUCUACGAGAAACUAGAAACAGAAAUGAACUGUAUGUAGAAUAUUCCCACAGAUGCUGAGAUGGAGAUCAUAUUCAUGUUACUCCUUUAAAAUUUUGGUUC